UAAAGACCUGUAUCUUUGCCAACUAAAAGUGGUAAAAAUGAGUCCGAAGAAGGAUUUAAAAGAAAUAAAUGUGGAUUUAGCGAAAGAAAGACAAAAAUGCAACAUCAAUAUUGAAGAAGUGACAAACAUUAUCGAUGGAGGAAAGGAGAAGACUUUGCAAAGAAGGAAAAUUGAGAACAUAGCCCUGAACAGCGGAGCAUCAAGAGAUACGAUCCCUGAAGAAUGUCUUGGCCCUGUGGAGAAAUAUGAAAAUGCUGUCCGAAAAUCUUGCUUGUUUUCCAAAAUUGUAAAGGAGGAAGUGCUUAGUUUCACUGGCCUAGAAACAUUUGGAUCGCCCGUCCUCAGACGUACAGCAGAUGCCUUCUUUAAGGAUAUAUCUCCGUUCCUACUCCAUUUAGGAAUGUUCGUUCCUUCCAUCAUGGGUCAAUGUACUCCAGAACAACAGGCGUAUUGGUUGCCAAAAGCUCUUGAUUUGCAGAUCAUUGGGACGUAUGCGCAGACAGAGUUAGGUCAUGGCACGUUUAUCAGAGGUUUGGAGACGACUGCAACAUACGAUCCAGAAACUGAAGAGUUCGUGUUACACAGUCCUACGAUGACCUCUUAUAAAUGGUGGGCUGGCGGAUUGGGCCGUACCGUAAAUCAUUGUAUUGUGGUGGCUAAACUCUUUACGAAAGGCAAAUGCUACGGGACUCAUCCGUUUAUCGUCCAAAUUCGGGACUUGGAAACCCACAUGCCCCUUCCUGGGAUCAAAGUGGGGGACAUCGGCCCUAGAAUGGGGUUCAACACAGCCGAUAAUGGUUUCCUUGGCUUCGACAACUUCAGGGUACCCAGAGAAAAUAUGAUGAUGAAACAUGCUCAGGUGUUGAAGGAUGGGACGUAUGUGAAAGUAGGGCGCCACGAGAAGCUAACGUAUGGUACCAUGGUCUUCGUUCGAGUGACGUUGGUCAACGAAGCGGCCUUUAAUCUGGCUAAAGCUGUCACAAUAGCUGUUCGGUAUUCUGCUGUGAGGAGACAAUCUCAACCUAAACCCGAUGAACCAGAACCGCAAAUUUUGGACUACAUCACACAACAGCAUAAACUGUUUAUUUGCAUCGCCACGGCGCAUGCGCUGCAACUGACUGGCUCUUGGUUGUGGCGAACAUUUACCAAAGUUCUAGCUGAUAUGCGGUCUGGUAAUACUGAUAAUCUGCCAGAGCUCCAUGCCCUCUCCAGUUGUCUAAAAGCUGUGAGCACUUCUGAUGCUGCUCUGCUGAUUGAGCAGUGCAGACAUGCGUGUGGAGGUCAUGGAUACAUGUUGUCCUCCAAUCUUCCAUUUAUCUACUCCUUUGUUACUGCUACGAGGACUUAUGAGGGAGACUAUACCGUCCUGUUACUGCAGACUGCAAGGUUUUUAGUUAAAGCGUGGGAACAAGCCGAAGCAGGGAAGCCUGUGACGCCUACCGUUUCAUAUUUGUCUAAAGCUUUUGAUGGAAACAAAGUAUACUGGGAAAAUACGCCUGAAGGAAUCAUCCGGUGUUUUGAGGGUGUUGCUGCAGGCAAAACAUCAGCGUGUGUAAGGAGUAUCAGAAAGCGGGUGGAAUCAGGAAUGCCAUAUGAGGAUGCCUGGCAACUAACAACUGUGCAGCUCGUGGCUGCAGCUGAGGCCCAUUGUCGUGCUGUGCUGAUCAGGACGUAUUGGUCGGAAACAGCUAGACUGACUGCGACAGCCAGUUCUGCGGUCAAAACGGUGAUGAAACAACUAGCUUCUCUAUAUCUCAUAUACUGGAAUUUGGAGAAAACUGGAGAUUUAUUGAGGUAUUCCACUUUAUCGGAGGAAGACAUUGUGAACCUGCAACAUAAGUAUGAAGGACUACUGGCGCAGAUAAGACCUAACGCUGUAGGACUGGUUGAUGCCUUUGAUAUAAGGGACGAGGUCCUGAAUUCGACCCUGGGCGCGUACGACGGGCGCGUGUACGAGCGUCUGAUGGAGGAAGCCCUCAAGAGUCCGCUCAACAAGGAGCCCGUCAACGCCAGCUUCCACAAGUAUCUCAAGCCGUUCAUGAGGGGAAAGCUAUAAUAUGGCAAUGCUUUUUAGUAUAUUACUGAUUGUGACAAUAAUUUGUUACAUUGAUGUUAGUAUUUAUUUUAUAUUAGUUUUUGUUUUGUAUGUUUAUUGUCCUUUGUAUAUGUCGUUGUGCAAUAAUUUGUGUAAAAAAUUGAUUGAUUGUAUUUAGGGUUUUACAAGCGUGUAUAUUUACAAGUGCUUCAUGAACAAGUAAUAUUAUUUGUAAU